UUUAUUUUCAUUUUUCAGUAAGGCAACUAAAAUUCUUCAUCCCGUUUUCUUUUAAUACUUCGUCUUUCAUAAUUACAAUUUAUAAACAAGUAUCCCCAACUUUUCAAACUUUCGAUUACUGCAAAUCCCUGAUCAAUUUUCUGAUCAAAUUUGGGAAAAUGACUGAAAUCGACCAUUAUUUAGUCUUAGGGCUUUCUUCCGGUGAGGAAGGCGCAAAAUUAACUGAGAAAGACAUCGCGAAAGCCUAUCGGAAGAAAGCGCUUGAGCUACAUCCCGACAAAACCAAAGAUCCAGAUGCACCGGCUAAAUUUCAAAACCUACAGAUUUCAUACGAAAUUCUCAAAAACCCUAGUUCUAGGAAAGAAUUCGAUGAAUUACUUCGAAUUAGGAGAGAAAAGCAUGUCCGAAGUACUCAAUACGAUGCGAAACGGCGGAAAAUGAUGUCUGAUUUGGAGAGAAGAGAGAAAGAAUCGUUUUUUGAUCCAGAAAAGAAGGCCAGAGAUGAUGAAGAGAGGACAAUGAAGAAGUUAGCAGAGGAAAUUGCCAGAAUUCGCUCAAUGUUGGAGAAAAAGACCAAUAUACCGAAAGAAACGAAGACAGAGAAUGUCAACGUAGGUGGCGGGGUGGAAUUGGAUAAGAGUCGAGUGCUUAAAGUGAGUUGGGAGAAGGUCGUUUCGGACUAUAGUUCAAGUCGAUUAAGGGACUUGUUUAAAGAGUUUGGUAAUGUGGAAGAUAUUGUAAUCAAGAGUUCCAAGAAGAAAGGAUCCGCACUUGUUGUAAUGGAAUCAAAAGAAAGUGCUGAGGCUGCUACUGGGGUUUUGAUUGGAGAUUUAUCCAAUCCAUUGUUGGUUUUGCCACUACAACCUGUUAAUCAAGUACCGUCUGUAAGAGCUCAAGAGCCAGUGGAGCGAAACGAAGUGCCCUUGGGUAAAGUUGUUGGUGCUGGAUUUCAGGCAUUUGAGGAUUCAGUUCUUGAUAAGCUUAGAAAGGAAACCUAUACGGUCUAUGCCAUUCAAUAAAACAAAUGUGAUUGAGAGAUCAAACAAUGUGCGUCAUCGAGAUCGUGGGAACUACUUCGUUAGAGGCAGAGGCCGUGGAAGAUAUCAUGAAGAGCGCAGUACGCAUUCUUUUGAACAAGACAAUUUUUGUGGUUGUGGUCGCGGGCAUGGUCAUGGCCGCGGGUGUGACCACAUUUAUGAAAGAAAUCAAUUUGGACCUAGAUAUGAUGAUUUUAAACAAAUCCAGAAAUACAAAAGCACAUGCCAUAGAUGUGGCAUAAGUGGACAUUUGGGACAAAUUUGGCGUAUCUCAAACAUUUAGUAGAAUGAAGCAAGUACAUCUUGGCCCACCUUAGAUGUCUUUGGUUUCUUUAAUGAGGAUGUGAACUCCAAAAUAAUAAUCCCAAGAAGAUAAUUACUUCUAUAAGAUGAUUAGAUGCAUUCAAUGUUUCUCAUUGAAUUGAUAAGUUUUCAUUUUAUUUUCUACUAAUAUUUCUAAGUAUUCUCGCAAAGGUGGGAUAUUUGUCCAUCAGAGCAAUUAUAUGAGAAAGUUUUAAAACAUUUUUACAUGGACAAGGCUCAUCCACUAAGUUCCCCAAUGGUGGUCCAAUCACUAAACAUAAAAGAUGACCCAUUCUGUUCACGAGAAGAAAAUGAAGAAAUUUUAGGCCCUGAAGUGUCAUACCUGAGUGCCUUGGUGCUUUAAUGUACUUGGAAAAUAAUACAAGACCCGGUAUAACAUUUUUUGUAAACUUGUUAGCUAUAUAUACUAAUGCACCAACGAGAAGACAUUGAAAUGGGAUAAAUCAUGUAUUUCGAUACCUAAGGGGAACUAUAAAUCUUGGAUUGUUCUACCAGUUAAGGAAUGAUGUCAUACUUAUUGGAUUGCUGAUUCAAGAUACUUAUCUGACCCACAUAAGGCCAAGUCACAAACUGUAUAUGUAUAUUUACAUAUGCAAGAACCGCAAUAUCUUGGAAAUAAACAAAACAGAUUCUAUAAACUACAUCCUCAAAUCAUAUGCAUAACUUAUAGCUUUAUAUGAAGCUAGUUGAGAGUGUAUAUGGUUGAGAUCCAUGAUCGGCCAACUUCAAGAAGACUAUAGGUUAAAAGAUACAACUAGGGCACCAAUUACGAUUUAUGAAGAUAAUGCUGCCUGUAUCGACCAAGUUAGUAAAGGAUAAUCACAGGAGACAGAACAAAACACUUAUCACCAAAAUUAUUCUUUACAUAUGAUCUACACAAGGAUAAAAAGGUGGAAGUCCAAGGAAUUUAAUCCUGCGAAAAUCCUGUUGACUUAUUCAUAAAGUCACUUCCGUCAAGGAGAUUUGAACACUUAGUGCACAAGAUUGAAAUGUGCCGUUUUCGAGACAUGUUGGCUUCAGGGGGAAAAAUAUGGCCACUGUACUCUUUUUUCCUUUGAUCAGAUUUUUAUCCCACUAGGUUAUCCCUGACAAAUGUUUUUAACGAAACGGGUUAGGGCUAUAAAUGCAAUAAUUAAUUUUUCAUAUCUAUGUAAAGCAUUCAAGAGGGAGUGUUAGAAGUGGAUGAAUAAUCAUUAGGAAUAGUUGCAAAUAGCGUCUAAAUAGUGUACAUAUUGUACUAUAAAUAUGUAUGCAUUCUUGCAUUGCAAUCGUACUGAGUAUAUCAGUUUCAUAUCAAGCUUUUCUACUACUCUUCUUAUAUUCUCCCAAUUUCUUUAACAAGUAAAAAUAAAGUAAAUUAUAGCAAUAAUAGAUGAUGAUUAAAGAGUUAUGUUAAUAAAACAAAAUACAAAUUCCUAUUUUAAAAUAUCUAAAAUUUAUUUUUAGAGAAUAAGGUAGAGCAUUAGCACCACGAGUAAUAUAAAUAAUCCCAUAAUCUUACUGUGGGAGUUUGAAGAUGUAUUGUUGUUCAUUGAUGGUUGAAGGAAGAAGAAGAAAGAAUUU